AUGCUUGCUUCCAGAAACAUAUACAGAACCGUAUUACGUGCGAGGUUUGUACCUGCCUUGCAGGUCAGAUGCCAGUCGAAUGCGACGGCAAAGGCAACGCCCGACGAUGUCGCCGAGUUGGAGAAGCCAAAAGCAGCGCCCGUGCCCAAGAAGCGCAUCACAAUCCCCCAUUCAAAGCUCCCGCGGGUCCCUGCGGCCGAGUUUAUGGACCAUGAAGAUUUCAAGCUCCAAACGCUCUUUGCUAGGGGCGGCGCAAUCUACGCCCCCGAGUUGUUCCACGUGAUUCCCCAGAAGAAGCUUUUUUUGGAAGACUUGUACGCUGAAGCAGAGGUGCUAGAGCAGGAGAUGGCUGGAUUUAAUGAAUGGAGCGCUGUUCCGGCAGAGCUGGACGAACCGUUGGUGUACUUUGAGGGCCCGGAUGAGAGAGCCGCGCGUUUGGAUACCGCGGCACCAGAAGAGGAAACCAAGCGGGGCAGACGCAAGCCGAAGAGCUCCCGGUUCAAUAAAGAUUGA